GGCGGAGCACGCCGGCGCGAUGACGUUAUUGGCUCGGUCUGAGCGCGGUUCUGGGGACCAAUGUGACAAUGUAACAGUUCUUCACUUGGGGAAAUUUGUUCCUGUAUGCAAGUUGAAGAAGCCAUGAAAAAAGUCCAGCAGAUCCAGCAACGCAUUCCCUCUUUAUUCUCUGAGAACAAAUGCUCGGAAGAUGAAUUUGAUACCAUGCUGUUGACACUGCCUGAAAAGCUUAAUCAGAGAUUGCUUCCUUUCCAAAAAGAAGGAAUCAAGUUUGCCAUUGAGAGAAAUGGCAGGUGCAUGAUUGCUGAUGAGAUGGGCCUUGGGAAAACUAUUCAAGCAAUUGCAGUGGCCUACUUCUACAAAAAGGAAUGGCCCUUGCUGAUUGUGGUCCCAUCAUCUCUCAAGUACCCUUGGAUAGAAGAGAUAGAAAAAUGGAUUAUCGAACUGAAUCCACUUGAUAUCAAUUUAAUCGAGUCUAAAAGUGAUAUUGGGAGAAUUCCAACCAGCAAAGUUACUAUCGUGGGUUAUGGCCUUUUAACAACAGAUGCACAGACUUUAGUGGAUGCUCUUUACGAUCAAAAUUUUCAAGUUGUUAUAGUUGAUGAAUCCCACUACAUAAAGUCACGUAUUGCAGCACGAAGCACAAUUUUGGUGCCUAUUGUACAGAAAGCUGCUAGGGCAAUUCUGUUGACUGGAACUCCGGCACUUAGUCGCCCUGAAGAGCUUUUCAUGCAGAUUAAUGCAUUGUAUCCAAGAAAAUUUGGAACAUGGACUGACUACGCCAAGAAGUAUUGUAAUGCUCAUCUUAGGUAUUUUGGCAAAAGAGCUCAGUGGGAUUGCAAAGGAGCCUCCAAUUUAGAUGAGCUUCACCAAUAUUUGAGUAAAAUAAUGAUCCGACGAAUGAAGGAUGAAGUUUUGACCCAGCUGCCUCCUAAAAUUCGACAGCAAAUUCCAUUUGAUUUGUCAAAGGAAGCUACUAAGGAGAUGAAUGGCAGCAUUGAGGAGUGGGAGAAAUUAAUGAGAGAGCUGCAUUUGAGUUCUGCGGAGACAGAUAACCCCUUUGUACAAGUCAUGGGUCUCAUCACUCGCAUGUACAAACAAACAGCUAUUGCAAAGGCAGGAGCGGUAAAGGACUACAUGAAAAUGAUGCUACGUGAUGCAAAAUUGAAGUUCUUGGUUUUUGCUCAUCAUUUAACCAUGUUGCAAGCUUGCACAGAGGCUGCGUUAGAAAGUAAGGCACGGUACAUAAGGAUAGAUGGUAGUGUUCCAUCUUCAGAAAGGAUUCAUCUUGUCCAUCAGUUUCAGAACGAUCCAGAGACUCAAGUUGCAAUCCUCAGCAUCAAGGCUGCUGGACAGGGUUUAACAUUUACAGCUGCUACACAUGUUGUCUUUGCUGAGCUGUACUGGGAUCCUGGUCACUUGUUGCAGGCUGAAGAUAGAGCUCACCGUAUAGGACAGUGCAGCUCAGUUCAUAUUCAUUACCUUAUCGCCAAAGGAACACUGGACUCGCUCAUGUGGAGCAUGUUAAAGCGUAAGACUUGUGUUACAACUAACACAUUAAAUGGAAUAAAGCAACGCUUGGAAGUAGAGCAAGGAGAUAAAGAAAAAUGGGAUUUCUUGAACACUGCAUUGGCCUGGGUGCCAAAUGAAAAUUUAUCAGGAACUGAGGAUGGAGCUUUUUUCACCCAUUUUGAGAAGGAGAAACAACAUGACAUCCGCUCAUUCUUCUCGCCAAAACCCAACUCUUCAGAGAAGCGCAAGAGAACCACUCAAGAUUUGCCAACCAGCCAGUUUUCUGAUAUAAUUGAGCUGAAGAAAUCUCCAGAUUCACCCAAAUUAGUUCAGCAACCACAAGAGGAACUGGAUAAAAUAAAUGCAAGGGAAGCUGGUGAAAAUGAGAAUGAAGAAAAAUGCAAAACAUACAAUGAUGAACUGCCACUAAAAACUAAUUUUGAACCACAUACUAAACGAUUUAAAUAUUUAUGUACACCAGUCCAAAAUUGUGCAAGUACAAAAAAGAGAAAGGCCAAAGGUGUAACGACACCAUCCCCAUUCAAAAUUCAAAAUACUCAACGAUUCCUGGGUGAAACACAACUUACCUCAAGAAAGCUGCCUAUAACUGAAAAAACGUGGAACUGCAAGGUGUGCACAUAUAGCAAUAAUACCUUACUGUCUUACUGCGAAAUUUGUGAAACUCUCAGAGAUAUUGGUGAUCAAAAAGGAGAAAAUCUGUCUUGUCAAGCAAAUUCAAGUGAAAAGGAGUGUGAAGGGAGAACCCAACCUCAGACUGACUGUACUGUCCUAUCUGACCUGGAGAACGAGGAAAAAAAUGAGUCAAAUGCACCUACAGAUCUGAUAAAUAGUGAACAGAUACACAACAGUACAGUGAAAUCUGAGGAAAACCUUGUAUUUGUUGAUAUUGACAAAAGCAGCAAUGCCGUUUCCAUAACCGAAGGAAGAAUGUAUAACACGAAUCAACAGCAACCAGACCAAUCUGAUAUCACUUGUGACAGCAGUGUUCCAGUUUACGAUGGCUUCAUGUUUAGCGCAAGCAAGAAUACUGAUCGAAUAUAUCUCUACACCAAGGAAGGAGAGCCUUUAAACUGCAAUUUUAUUCCUCUGGAUGUAAAGUCAGAGAACUGGGAGGAUUUACCAACGUUCUUUGAUCAGAAAAAAAAUCGUGCAGCGCUUCUGCGAUUUGUACGAGAAUGGCUCAGCUUAACUGCUAUGAAACAAAGAAUAAUUAGGAAAAGCGGCCAGAUUUUCUGCAGUCCUAUUCUUGCAUUCGAAAACAUCUUGAAAGGCCAGCGUGUACAGAGCUGUACGAAAAGAUUUAUAACAAAAGAAGAUGUUGCUGCUCUGUCUCUGAAUAAGACACACUGUGAAGGAGGAACUGUACGAGUUAUAGCAAGAGGGACUACAUUUCAUGACAACAAUAAAAUCAAAGCUUCCAACCAACCAAUUGAGAAAAAUUUAAACAAUGACACAAGUGAAAUCAUUGAGAAUAAAAUCUGCAACAGGGCUUCUGAACUGCCUCGUGCUGAUGAAAUAGCUGGCAUCUCCUUGGAAAUUGGCUAUGUACAAGCUGUAAACAAAGAAGGAAACCCACUUUGUCUUCAUUGUCAACAGCCAACAAUCCAGGUCAGCAAGCAUCAUGAAUCUACAGCUUGGGACACACGAUAUUGCUCCCAAAAAUGUCAGGAAGACUUUUUGGUGCGGUCCAAUCGAUGCUAUAUGAGAUCAAAAGUUUUUGAAGCUGAGCGUGGAAUCUGCCAGCAGUGUGGCCUCAAUGCUCAGCAGCUGUACCUUCGCGUCCGAGAUACGCUGAGGACCCAUCGGAAAGAGCUACUUGAAAAAACAUGGCUGGCGCAGCUUCCACUGGAUCAGUUAAAUGAAAUUAUUUGGAAUCCAACUGAGGGCCAGUUCUGGCAAGUGGACCAUGUGAGACCAGUAUAUGGUGGUGGAGGACAAUGCUCCCUUGAGAAUCUACAGACACUUUGUACUGUCUGUCAUAAAGAGAGAACAGCAAAACAAGCUAAAGAAAGAAGCCAAGCAAAGCGACUUUCCGAUACUUCCAAAUAUGCGUCAGACAUCAGAAGUUUUUUUACAAAGAAAUGAAGAAUAAGUACAAAUAUAAAAUGUUUGCAAACAUAAAAUAUAACUAGCACAGUUAACAGGUACCUAGUUUGUUUUUGUAUGCACUGUGAUUUCUUUUUCGUGUAAUAAUCAUAAAACUCAGCAAAACCUUUUAA